AUGAAUCCAAGCGACUUGCAGCGGUUUGCGGUGUCAAAUCGAUUCACAAGGUUCCCGAAAUCGUUCUCCCUGCGGAAGAAGGUGCCAUGGUGGUACAAAAUACUAGACCCACGGUCAAGAUUCAUCGCAAGAUGGAACCGGACCUUCCUUUAUGCGUGCAUUGUGGCACUGUUCCUUGACCCUCUCUACUUCUACUAUCCCAUAACGGGUGACAAGGCUUGCAUGCAAACCGAUUGGUACCUGGGCGUCGUCGUCACCUUCGCCAGAACCGUGGCCGAUCUUUUCUUCCUCUUCCACAUGGUCCUCAAAUUCAGGACGGCCUACGUUAACCCUCUCACUCGUGUUUAUGGCCACAAGGAGCUCGUCACGGAUCCCCACCUCAUUGCCAAAAGGUACCUCAAGCAUGAUUUCAUCAUCGAUCUACUUGCCACCCUUCCUUUGCCUCAGAUUGUGAUUUGGUUCGUGAUUCCGGCAGUGAAAGGGUCAACUGUAGCACAAGGAAAUCACACAAUAUCCCUGAUUGUCCUCAUUCAGUAUGUUCCCCGAUUGUUUCAGAUUUUUCCUCUUCAACGUCGAAUCUUAAAGACUAGUGGGCUUAUAACCAAAACUGCAUUGGCUGGGGCUGUGUACAAUCUUUGUUUCUACAUGUUGGCCAGCCAUGUUUUGGGAGCAUCAUGGUAUGUGUCAUCGAUCCAAAGACAAUUUGAGUGUUGGAGAAUAACUUGUAGGAGGGAGAUGAAUAGAACACACUCUCCAUCUUGCAAACCAGCGUAUCUUGAUUGCAAUCUUUUGGAUGAUCCAGCAAGACAAGCAUGGUUUAAGAGAACCAGUGUGCUUGCUGACUGUGAUGCUCUCAAUGACAAGAAUGACUUUCAAUUUGGAAUGUUUUCUGAUGCUUUCACCGACCAUGUUUCUUCCUCCACCUUUUCUCAAAAGUAUUUUUAUUGCCUUUGGUGGGGCCUCAAAAAUUUAACAUCUUAUGCUCAAGGUCUUAAUACGAGCACUUACGUUGGUGAAACCGUAUUUUCAAGUUUCAUUUGCAUCGCAGGUUCAAUCCUCUUUGCGCAUCUCAUUGGUAAUAUGCAGAAUUAUCUGCAAUCUUCAACUGCAAGACUUGAAGAAUGGAGACUGAAACAAAAGGAUACAGAAGAGUGGAUGAAUCACAGGCAACUUCCACCGGAACUUCAACAACGCAUUCGCAGGUUUGUUCAAUAUAAAUGGCUUGCCACAAGAGGCGUAGAUGAAGAAGCAAUUUUGCGUGAUUUGCCUAUUGAUCUUCGACGCCAGAUUCAAAGGCAUCUUUGUCUUGACAUUGUUCGUCGGGUUCCUUUCUUCGGUCAAAUGGAUGAUCAACUCCUAGAUGCCAUAUGCGAACGUCUUGUUGCAUCCUUAAACACAAAAGACACAUACAUUGUAAGGGAAGGUGAUCCAGUGAGAGAAAUGCUCUUCAUCAUUAGAGGACAGCUUGAGAGUUCAACCACUGAUGGUGGGAGAACAGGGUACUACAACUCUAUCAUUCUUAGACCAGGUGAUUUCUGUGGUGAAGAGUUGCUGACGUGGGCCUUGAUGCCCACCUCAAACCUCAGCCUUCCAGACUCUACUAGAACUGUCAAGACUGUUACUGAAGUCGAAGCGUUUGCUCUCAGAGCUGAGGAUCUAAAGUUUGUUUCGAAUCAAUUCAAGCGUCUACAUAGCAAGAAACUCCAGCAUGCUUUUAGGUACUAUUCCCAUCAAUGGAGGGCUUGGGGGGCUGCCUUUAUACAGACUGCUUGGAGACGCUAUCGUAAGAGAAAACUGACAAUGGAGUUGUUACAAAAAGAGAACUUGUACUACACCAAUAUCGAGCAAGAAGAUGAUGAAGGUGAAGAACAAAGGGUAGGAGGGAGUUCAUCAAGUAGUGGAAACCGCGCACAGAUUUCAACUACCGUUUUGGCAUCUAGGUUUGCUGCAAACACAAGAAGAGGUGCCGCUAAGAAGAUUGCAAUACCUGAUAGUGAUAGUUUGAAGAUGCCCAAAAUGUUCAAGCCAACAGAACCUGAUUUCUCAACUUUCCAAGAUGAAAAUUAA